AUGGGAGAGGCACUGAAAAAAAAUGAGAUGUAUGCUUUAGGUGUUGCCAAUUAUCUUAACCAAAAACAAAAAUAUAACAAUGCUUUAAAAAUUUAUGAUAUAUUAUCUUUUAAAGCUAAAA